AACUCUGGCCGGGGGCGCAGCGCGCCGUGCACGAGGCCCCCGUUCCCUCGCCACGCCCACUUCCUGCCCCAUCCCAGGCCUUUCCAGGUCCCCUCUCCCGGUGAACCGGAUGCUCUGUCAGUUUCCUCCUCCGCGUCCUCGGCGGCCUCCGCUUGCCUGGCAAAGCCGCAGGCACCCCCGAGGGCACGGGCAGGGGCUCCCGGCGGUUAGCCUGGCAGGAGUAGGACGCCGGUAGGAGCUGGGCGCGCACGGUUACCGAGCGUGGAGGAGACACUGCCCUGCGGCGAUGGGUGCCAGGGGCUCUCCUUCACGCCGGAGGCAGGCGGGGCGGCGGCUGCGAUACCUGCCCACCGGGAGUUUUCCCUUUCUCCUCCUCCUGCUACUUCUCUGCAUCCAGCUCGGGGGAGGACAGAAGAAAAAAGAGAAUCUUUUAGCUGAAAAAGUAGAACAACUGAUGGAAUGGAGUUCCAGGCGCUCAAUCUUCCGAAUGAAUGGCGAUAAAUUCCGAAAAUUUAUAAAGGCACCACCUCGAAACUAUUCUAUGAUCGUUAUGUUCACUGCUCUUCAGCCUCAGCGGCAAUGUUCUGUGUGCAGGCAAGCUAAUGAAGAAUAUCAAAUACUGGCUAACUCCUGGCGCUACUCAUCUGCCUUUUGCAACAAACUCUUCUUCAGUAUGGUGGACUAUGAUGAGGGGACAGAUGUUUUUCAACAGCUCAACAUGAAUUCUGCUCCUACGUUCAUGCAUUUUCCUCCAAAAGGCAGACCCAAAAGAGCUGAUACUUUUGACCUUCAAAGAAUUGGAUUUGCAGCUGAACAACUCGCAAAGUGGAUUGCUGACAGAACGGAUGUUCAUAUUCGAGUCUUCAGACCACCCAACUAUUCUGGCACCAUUGCUUUGGCCCUGUUAGUGUCACUUGUUGGCGGUUUGCUCUAUUUAAGAAGGAACAACUUGGAAUUCAUCUAUAACAAGACUGGUUGGGCCAUGGUAUCUCUGUGUAUAGUCUUUGCUAUGACUUCUGGCCAGAUGUGGAAUCAUAUCCGUGGGCCUCCAUAUGCUCAUAAGAACCCACACAAUGGACAAGUGAGCUACAUUCACGGAAGCAGCCAAGCUCAGUUCGUGGCAGAGUCACACAUUAUUCUGGUACUAAAUGCUGCUAUCACCAUGGGAAUGGUUCUUCUAAAUGAAGCAGCAACAUCCAAGGGAGAUGUUGGAAAAAGACGGAUAAUUUGCCUAGUGGGAUUAGGCCUGGUGGUCUUCUUCUUCAGUUUUCUACUUUCAAUAUUUCGUUCCAAAUACCACGGCUAUCCUUAUAGUGAUCUGGACUUUGAGUGAGAAGAUGUGAUUUGGACCAUGGCACUUUAAAACUAUAACCUCAGCUUUUUAAUUAAAUGAAGCCAAGUGGGAUUUGCAUAAAGUGAAUGUUUACCAUGAAGAUAAAGUGUUCCUGAGAUAUAGUUUGAAUUCUUGAGUUCAUUUCCAUGUUGUGAUAAUUCUAGCUUAUUCUUAUAUAAUUUUUGAAAUGUGUUUUCCUAGUGAAUUUAAUUUAUAGAAGUGGAUGGUUAAAUUUCAUAUUAGCACUGGAAAGAACAAAGGAAAUACUGAAGUGUUUUCAAGCAUAUUAUAUUCAGUAUAUGCUAUAGGACUGAAAUAAAUGACAAUGUAAUUAUGAAUUCAUGUGUUAGAACUGUUCACUCAUUAGUAAAGAAAACCACAAUGUUAGUAAGGGAAAACUAUGAAAUAUAUGUUAAAGAAUCCUUAAGGUUAUACAGAGAUAAGGUAUAUGCAUGAUAUGUCACGUACUGAAAAAUUAUACUCAUUGUCAUUUCAGUAUAAAAGAUGUGUGUAUGGUUACAGAUGUUUUGUUCUUAUUAAUCACAAUUAGAUAAAGAGACAGGGAGCUGGAUGAAUAGUGCCUGCAACUUGGAAGCCUAACCUGGGAAACGGAGGUUUUUCCCAGGACAUAAAUUUUAAAGCAAACAGGACUAAAUCAAUAAGCUUGAAAGCAUCAGGUGAUAGAAGCAACACACCAAAACUAGAAAUUAAUUCCUCUCUAACUUUAGAAGGGUCACCCAGGAAUCCAGACCUGUAACU